UCAAUGUCUCACAUAAAUAUAUAAAUCAAUCAGUAUGACGUGGACGUAGUGAAUAUUUCAAUCUGCCUCGAGGUUCUUGUUCGUGUGCUUUUCAAUGGCUACGUGAGAAUGUGACGGGCUGCUAUUGUCGGGUUUCUUUUUCCCAGCAAAGCAGGGGAGCGAGGAGGGAGAGGGGGGGAGUCGGUUGGGUAAAGGGACAAGACAAUUAAAAAGAUUGACAGGUAGCCUCCUCUGUCAGGGGUGACGCUUGUGGAGAAGGGGAGGAGUAAAAAAAAAUGUAGCAGGAAAAGCCACUCGAUGCGUCUGUCUAUCAGUUGAGACGCUCUCAAACAGCUCCUGGAUCCGUCGUGUUUCAAUUUUUACUUUUUUGGGGUUUAUUUUUUUUUUAAGAGGGGAAAAGAGCUCGGAUGUGUCGCCGAAGUAGUAGCCCUCCCCUCCCUCCCCUCUCCCGUUCUUUUAAGAGACAAACGUGUUAGUAGUCCAUGCCGAUCUGAUGUUUUUGUUGGGGAAAGCUUCGGAUGCGUCUUGUUCGCCUCUCAAGUGAUCGCUUCCUUGUAACCGCAUCACACAAAACGCGACAUGUCCUCGAGAUGCAACGAGAUGAAUCCUUUGCGCCGUAGGGUUCCGGCUUGGAAAGAAACCGAAGGGACGCGUUUCUUAUCAAGAAGUGUGCGUGGCGUUCUCAGCGGACUUAUCUGUUUGUUUUAUUUCUUGUUUUAGUUUUGUCGUGUGUAAAAAGUGCACCAAACUAGCGCUCCCUUCAAAGAACAUUGAAGAUUUUUUUUUUAAAUUUAUUAUUAUUAUUUUUUUUAAAAUCAAGCAGAAGUGAACUGUAAACUUUGGGGCUUUUGAACCUUUUGCUCCGCUUUCCGACCCGGCCGCAAGGGAGAUGAAGGAAGAUGAUAUUUGAUGGACAUGAAGGUCUCCCGAGCCGCUCCAAUCUGUUCGUAAUUUUUGAGCUCCACAUCGUUGGAGCCGAUCCAGCCAUUACGUCUAAAAAUAUCAGGCAGUGUGAAAAAGAAGACUGACACUUUCAGCUCCGAGAUCAAAACGCUCUCCCACCAAAAAAGGGAUGAUUCUUCACCACUGACAAGUCUUGAGUUCUUUGUCAUUCCUGCAUGAGAAACACCGUGGAAGCUGACGGUCACUAUGCCGAGGAGAAAGCAGCAAGAGCCGCGCCGAUCAGCAGCCAAAUGUAAGCUGACAGGCAUCACUCAGUGGCUCCCACAUCUUCUAGUAGUACCCCACGGCCCAAACAUAUCCCACCCUCCCACAAUGAGGUCAGGCCAGCACCCCUUCCUCCUGCAUCUCAUCCUUCUACCCCUCUCCCCACCAUCAGCAUUUCAGAAGAUGGAUGUGUCUUCAAAGCAGAGAUUGAUUGUGGCUAUCAGAGUUAUGGCACCAUACAUCACCGCCGAUGUGAUUCCGACGAGCUGGAUUGAACAAAAGAGGUGGAACUCCUGAGCCUAUGGCCUACAUGCCCGAAGAUGAACUUAAGGCACCCACUCAAGAGGAGGAAGAGCACCUCCAGGAUGAUGGCCUCUCAUUAGAUGGCCAGGACACUGAGUUUCUGUGCAACGAGGAAGAGGAAGAUGUAGAAGGAGGCCGACCACCUAGGUACAGAGACUCUCCUCUCAGCAAUGGCACCAACCCUGAUGCUGGCUACGGGUCCCCGCUUAGUGACGCUAGUGACCGACUUACAGACUUCAAAAGCACUUCCUCACGGGAUGGUCACGAGAAGGAAGGUACAACUUUGCCCUUCUCCCCCAACAACGGCCUAUCUUUCCAAGAUAGCUUAGCUCAGAUGAAAGCCGUCUAUGCAAACCUAAUUUCAGAUGCCUCUUGGUCCAGCAUUACAAUGGAUAUCAUGAAAUCCAAGUCUGCUGCAGCUGGCAGUGUCAACAGUACCCUCAUCACUUCAGAAGCUGCCUCUUCUGCUCCGGUUUCUACAGCAACAACAAUGAACACAAACAAGAGCAAUGGGGUCAACAUAGUCACAAGUCAUCACAAUGGCAAGAGCUCUAGCGCCACUGUCAGCCACACUGGCACCACAACUGUUAACACAAAUGGUACAGCAGCUAGCUCUGUUAGCAUCCAGAAUGCAACCAGCAUUAGUGGGAGCAGCAGUGGAGGGACUAAUAACGGCAGUGGUGUGGCCUAUGACUGGCACCAGGCAGCACUUGCAAAGACUCUUCAGCAGGCCCCCUACCAUCUUUUACCAGAGCCUAGCCUUUUCAGCACAGUACAGCUCUACCGUCAAAACAAUAAGUUGUAUGGCUCUGUCUUCACUGGUGCAAGCAAAUUCCGCUGUAAAGAUUGCAGUGCUGCCUAUGACACUCUGGUUGGUUUGACAGUCCAUAUGAAUGAGACUGGCCACUAUCGAGAUGACAACAAGGACAAAGAGGAGGAUCAGGGAAAGCGCUGGUCAAAACCCCGCAAACGGUCCCUGAUGGAGAUGGAAGGCAAAGAGGAUGCCCAGAAGGUACUGAAGUGCAUGUAUUGUGGCCACUCAUUCGAAUCUCUGCAGGAUCUCAGCGUUCAUAUGAUCAAGACCAAGCAUUACCAGAAAGUGCCUCUCAAAGAACCAGUGCCAGCCUUGGCCACUAAAUUGGUAUCCGCGUCCACUAAAAAACGAGCAAUGCCAGAUACUAUAAUUUCCCCUUGCUCUCCAGAGUCUGUCCAUACUGGGGGUGGGGGAUGCAAUUUAUCACUUGGUGAUAUUAGCAAAGAUGCAAAAGCAGCAGCUAAUCCCUAUGUAACGGCAAACAACCGAUAUGGCUACCAGAAUGGUGCCAGCUAUACAUGGCAGUUUGAAGCACGAAAAGCUCAGAUUCUGAAAUGCAUGGAGUGUGGUAGCUCUCAUGAUACGUUGCAGCAGCUUACUGCUCACAUGAUGGUCACAGGUCACUUUUUGAAGGUCACAAAUUCUGCAUCCAAGAAAGGGAAACAACUGGUGUUUGAUCCUGUAGUGGAAGAAAAGAUUCAGUCUAUCCCACUGCCGCCUACCACCACCAGACUCCCUGUACCUGGUAGUAUUAAGUCUCAGCCUGUGUCCCCUGCCCUCUCCUCGGGCUCAGAGGAAAAGAGGGAAGUGAGUGAGGAUGAGAAAGUUGAAUGUGGGGAGCCAGUGGAGAAAAAAAUUAAGGAAGAGCGAGAUGACUCGGGUGAGAAAGUUGAGACUGACACAACAUCAUAUAAAUAUCUUAGAGAAGAAGAUCUGGAGGAAACUCCUAAAGAAGGUCUCGAUAUUCUUAAAUCCCUUGAAAACACAGUGUUAAGCGCCAUUAGCAAGGCUCAGACAGGCACUCCCACAUGGGGUGGAUAUCCGAGCAUUCAUGCAGCUUAUCAGCUGCAAGGUGCUAUAAAGACCUCCACUACUGUUCUGCCCCCCACCAUCCAAAGUGUCCAGAUGCAGCCAAUGUUUAACAGUGGGCUUCGAGGGCUUGUGAGUGACCCCAAUUCAGUCAUCCACUCGCCUCGGAGCCCCUCUUCUCCUACUCCACUCAGGAGCAACGUCACUGCCAUGGAGGAGCUGGUCGAGAAAGUGACAGGGAAAGCUACCACAGUAAAGAAAGAAAAGGAGGAGAAGAUGGUGAGCGUGGAGCGAGCCCGACCUCCAUCGUUGGUUAAGUCCCCCUCUCCUGCACUGAGAGAGCAGAGAGAGCAACUGGCCUCUCCAAAUGACCUCAUUGCAGGUAAAGCAUCUGGUAUGAGAAGUACCAGCCCGGUCAGUGUAGAGUCCGAGCUUAUCUGCAAGAAGGAGCCGAAAGAAAGUCUUGUGGAUGUCUAUAACAACAAUUCAAAGAGCGGCACGGAGGCGUGCCAAUCGCCGGCGACUAACGGCAACAGUCUCGGCAUCAUUACUGAUCACUCACCAGAAAGUCCUUUUAUCAACCCUCUCAGUGCACUCCAGUCAAUCAUGAACACACACCUGGGUAAGGCCUCCAAACCAGUAACCCCAGCUGCAGACCCACUCUCCAUGCUUUACAAAAUCAGUAACAGCAUGAUGGAUAAGGCAGCCUUCAACCCAAUACCUCAGGGCAAAACCGCUGAGCCCAUCAACCACUUUCCUUUGUAUGAAAACAGUGACGAACCCAUAGACCUGAGUAAAAACAAGUCUAUCACUAACAGUAACAGUAACAAUAACAACAGCAGUAGUGUGGUCAACAAUAUUGUAAAUGGUAGCAAACCUAUUAUUACCAUGCCCGAGACAGUUUCCUCCCCUUUGAGAGAGAACGCUCUAAUGGACAUCUCUGAUAUGGUAAAGAACCUCACUGGGAGACUGACUCCCAAAUCGUCAACGCCCUCCUCUAUCUCAGAGAAAUCAGAUGCUGACGGCAGUGCAUUUGAAGAUGCUCUUGAGGAUCUCUCCCCAGUGCAGAAGAGAAAAGGGAGGCAAUCCAACUGGAAUCCCCAGCACCUCCUUAUCCUGCAGGCACAGUUUGUCUCCAGCUUGCGGGAGACCCCAGAAGGCCGCUACGCUCUGACUGACCUGGGCCCUCAGGAAAGGGUCCACAUCUGUAAGUUCACAGGCCUCUCCAUGACCACCAUAUCCCACUGGCUAGCUAAUGUCAAGUACCAGCUGCGACGGACUGGUGGCACAAAGUUUCUCAAAAACAUGGACUCGUGCCAGCCUGUGUUCCUCUGUGGUGACUGUGCUUCCCAGUUCAGGACUCCCUCCUCCUAUAUCAGCCACCUGGAGUCUCACCUGGGAUUCAGCUUGAAGGACCUGUCCAAACUGUCAGCUGAACACCUACGGGAGCAGCAGGCUGCCUCAAAGGUGAUCACGGACAAAAUGACAUUCGGCAGUUCCCUGUCAGCCUUGACUACGCCAGAGGACGACAUUAGCUCUGUGUACCAGUGCAGACUUUGCAAUCGGACAUUCGUCAGCAAACACGCAGUCAAGUUGCACCUCAGUAAGACCCAUGGCAAGUCUCCUGAGGACCACCUGGUGUUUGUUACAGCUUUGGAGAAACUAGAGAAACGAGACAAAAUGGAGUCAGUUUAAGGAGGGUGUCAAUGAGAAGAAACAUUGACAGCUAUAGAACUGAUUAGAAUUUCAUUGCACUAAAACAACAUUGUUCACAGUUACUGCACUGGGCCGAACUGAGCCAACAGAAAAAUAUCUUAUUUUCUGUUGUAAUGAAUGCCUGACUGGACCAUGUUGAUUUGUUGUUCUUUUGCCAACCCUUUUUUUUUUUUUUUUUUUUUUUUUACACUUAUUUCGUAAGAUAUUUAUAUGCUAUUUGUCUGAUCUGUGCAUGUAUUUUAGUGAAUCAAGGUUAAACAAAUGAUUUUAAUAUUCUCAUGGCAAAAAUACAACUACUGUUUCAAUGAUAAAAUUUAAAAUGCAUCGGAAGAAUGGAAAUCUGUACUAUACUUAUGAAGAAACAAAAUUAAAUGUAUACACCCAAAAUAAUUAAAGAUACCCCGAAAGACUGAAGUAGCACCUUAGAUUUUUAAACUUUGCGUUUGUAAAAAGAACAAUAAUUUUGAGUUCCUGUUAUUGAAAUGUUUUGAAGAAGAAGAAUGGCCUGCUUAUUGUAUUAAAAAAAAAAGAUUAUAUGAACAUUUGGAACAACUGAAUUGCUGCUUCCAGUGAGUUAAAAGUGGCCAUUGUAUGCAAGUUUGCUUAAAAAAAAAAAAUAAUGUUGUGAAGUAUCACCUAUUGUCAAAUUUAAUAACUACGAUUGUUUUUUUUUGUUUUUUUUCAAUUUUACUCUUUUACCGGUGUUGCUUUCAGCUGUAAAGAGAACAGUUGUAAAUGUCAGUACUCCCAUCAGACAUAUCUCAUCAUUUGAAAUGACUGCAGUCUUUGUAUCUUAAGGUGUGUGCAUUCUCUAACUUUUAUAUUGUGAUUUUAUAUACUAAAAUGAUUAAAAACAAACAAAAAAACAGAUUGUGUAUAUAGAUAUAUGCUGUAGAGUUACAAAGUGUCUUUUUUAAGGAAAAUACAAAUUCAGCUUCUUUGGCUUGGUUUACAGAAAUGAUUUUAAUUAUACUUGCAUCCGAUUUGAUGCAUGAAAUGGUGUGGGAAAUAAAUAAGCGAUGCACAAUGACUAUACAUUUCAAUGUUUUAUCAACAAUAUUGUAAAAACAACAAAGAAACAUUUUCAGCACCGGUUAGAUUGUUUCUUUUCUGUGUCAAUUGUAAAAUAAACCCCAAAGCAGUUGUUAACAGUCA